AAGCAUUCAAAAGGGGCGCGGCGCGGCGCAUGCGCGCUGCGGAACUGCGUGCGUCCUCUGCGGAGCGGGAGCGAUGGGGCUGGGGCAGAAUGGCGCCGUGCGGGUUGAAUGGAUUGCUGCAGUCUCUUUAGCUGCUGGAGCAGCUGCUGUUGGGUAUCUAGCUUACAAAAAAUUUAUCUCUAAAGACAAAUGCUGCAAGGCAAUGGUGAAUCUCCAUAUCCAGAAGGAUAACCCCAAGGUAGUUCAUGCAUUUGAUAUGGAAGAUCUGGGAGACAAGGCUGUGUACUGUCGUUGCUGGAGAUCUAAGAAGUUCCCGCUGUGUGAUGGCUCUCACACACAGCACAACGACGAAACUGGCGACAACGUUGGGCCUCUGAUCAUCAAGAGGAAGGAGGCGUAGACUGGACAGUAGAAGUUGCAAAAUGAAUGUCUGACAAAUCCUCUGCUUGCUUGUAAUUGGGGGAGAAACCACAAAUUCUUUGUCAUGUCACUGAAGAAUUUCCCAUGUAGUUUAUACAUCAGGCAUGUUUAUUAUUUCUGGGGCUUGUCUUGUUUUAAUCACUACAGUGCAUAAUUUACUGAAUAGUCAUAGUUGGAAUUUUUUGUCCUGUAAUGUGUGUGUACCCUCGCAUUGAAUAUGAAGCUAAACUGACGCACAGAAUGUACGAGGCCAUUCAGCAGAAGUCAUAUUCAGAAGGUAGACCUUGUUUCUGAGAGCUUUGCAAGUUAUAUGGCUGGAUAGAGUUCCGCAGUAGCAAGAAAUCGUGGUGCCAGAAUGCAGCUUAACUUGUAAUUAUGCUGCAUUUUCUGCAGAUGGCACGUUUGGCCUAUUACACUACAGUUUUGUGUGGGCUCUGUAAAAGAACACAUUUAAAAUUGCUAAUUAGGAACAGACAUUGUAAAAUACUUAUAGCACGAUGGGGCUGAGGGACAACUUUGCCUUUGAUUUUACAGCAGUAUUGAAACUUGACCCUGUUACCAUGUGGUAUCAUGAAUGUACUACCAGAACUGCAGACCUGUAUUGAGAGCAGGAUUAGGAAGAUCAUCUCUGUGAGAGCUUUCUCAAUGAACAAGUGGAAGGAUAUGAAGUGCUCGGAGUGAUGGGUGAGGGGUUGCAGGGUUGUUUUUACUGCUAGAAAGCCUUAGUUUCCUUUGCAGUCUCUGACAGUGGAGCUCACUUCCCCAGACCACAGGACGGGGAGGCUAUGCUGAUUUAUUCCAGAAGCUGAAAGAAUAAGUAAAACCCCACCUGCUUCUUCAUUGCUCUGGCUGGUUCCAGAUGAUGCUUCCUGCUGUUGCACAGAGAGCAGGCGCACCUUUCCUUAUUAAGUGGCCUUAGGCUCUACGUGUCUUAAAUGGCUCCUGCCUUCCUGGGCUCACUGCUCUUGUGGAUCAGCUAUUUUUACCCAAAGGAACAAACUUGGACAGGCUUUGGUGACAGGUAGAAACAUGGAGAAAAGGAAGGAUGAGAAGGAGGACUCGCGUCCUCCUUUUGUAUGGCACUUGUCUGCCUUAUUUAACAGUUGCAUUAAUGGCCACAUCUCCUUAAUUAGCUUUAGAUUUAUCAACAUACAAAUGGCUACAAAGCAAAACCCAAAGAGUGUGAUGGCGGAGGGCAGUUCUGUAUUAAACCUGGUCUGCAAGCAUAAUUGCAGCUUGUGUAAGAUUGAGCUCUUAAAACAGAGAGAAAGGCUACCUCAAAACUGGAGAAAAUGUCUUCUCAAUAAGUUGAAAUCUUAACCGUAAAGAUUCUUCCAGAUAAUUGGGGCUAUAGGAAUUGUAUUUUUGUUAAGGUCAUGUUUGCUACAACUGGUUAAGACAAAAAAAAAAAAAAAAUCAUUUCCUUAUCCUCAGUGUGAGAACUUCUGAGGCUGAAGUCUUAGCUGAGCACUUUGAACUUUGGCAGAAGGCAGAGAAAGCAGAGUAGGUAGGCAGCACAGACCUAAAGGAAGGAGGGUUUGCAUGUAGAGUACUUGAGUGGAGUCAACUACUGUCUGAGAGACCUGCUCUUGUAAGAAAUUGCAGUCAAAUAUAUUUAGUCUCAUCUUUCUCUCCCUGUAUUGUAAAGGUACCUGUUUUUUUUUUUUUUUUUUUUUUUAACUUGCCCAAGAUAUGUAUCAACAUAUGGAAAAUUGUUUUAAUCUUAAAUUAUCAAAUAUAUUUGGUUUAUCCAAAACCAA